UUUACCCCAUUUCCGCUGACUCCGCUAGAUCAUCUGUUGCCCCGGCUUCAUAUGACAUGUUUUCCUUAUCUAGCGACGAAAUCGCCGGCUGAGGACGCAUCAAUUCUGAAAGAUGGGCUAGAGUUCUUGAUCACACAGAAUCCCAUCCUUGCGGGUGAUGUGUGUCAAUCCUCGCGACCGGAAGGGAAGGCCAAUAGGUUUGAGUUGCGACCACCGACAGAAUUCAGUCUCAAGGAAUAUCCUCUUAUCCAAACACGUGUGCACGCUCAAGAGUAUUUCUACCGCCAGAAGACGGUUCACUCGCAUCGUGUUACAGGCAGUGAUUUAGGCCAAGCCAAAUACCGGCCCGUCCCGCUGGAUGCAGUCAAUCAGGAACGCGCCCCCGGGCUUCGCUGGCAACUCAAUGUUUUCGAGGACGGGAUAGUGAUCGGCAUCUGCUUUCACCACUUGUUCGUCGAUGCAAUGGGCGUAUAUAUCAUUCUUCAGGCUCUUUCUGCAUGUUGUCGGGGUUUGAAGCACCCUCGCCAGAUCGCACUCCAGCCUGUUGAUACCGAGUGUCGCAAAAGGAUCAUUGCAAUGGGUGAACAAACGAAAGCCACGCCAGGAAUCAGACGGGUUGACAUCUUCCCCAGCGUGAACACAGCUCUAGACGUGACCGUGGGCAGAAUCCCGUGCCAGCUCGUGACGGUCCCUUUCGAGGUGAUGGGUCGUCUCAGAGAGGCCUGUCAAACCAUCACGACAGACCUUUUAAUAACCCCAAUAUUCUCCGAUAGUGACGUAGCUGCAGCCUUGAUGUGGCUCUGCUGGGCGCGGUCUCGAUACCACAGACUUGAGCCCGCAUCUCGACCGGACGAAACCUCCAUCAUACUGAUGAUUGAGCUUCGCCAGAGAGGCGUACUCCCGCUGAACUACAUUGGGGAUGCCGUGGCCCCUGUCGCCGCAUCCGCACCCCUUUCUCCCGCCGUUAACUCUCCUGCCAAGGCCACCGCCACUGAUUCCCAGCACACUUCCCCUGAGAUGUACCGCCAGGUUCCAGGCCUCAGCACGUAUGACCUGGCCUUGCUCGCGGACCUCACCUUUCGUGCUUUUAAGGCGAGCGUCGGAGUGGAUGAAGAAUACAUACGAGGGCUAGUUCGGGAGAAGCAUAACAGCAGCGACUGGCAGUCCUACUAUCCAAGCGAAGGACAAUUCCUCUACAGCAACAUGCGCUUACUGAACACAGCCGGACUCAAUUUCGGGAAAAAGCUAGGGAACAUCGUGCGCUUAGAGACCCUUGACAAUCGGACAAAUGGGCAGUGCUGGGUGUUGCCGGCGCCUACCAGAAUGGCUCCCUGGGAGUUCCGAGUGUCGAUGGAAAGGGAGGACAUGGAGCGGUUCCUCGAGGAUCCGUUGUUGGUCUGGGCAAUGGGGAUGAAUGUGGCGAGAUUGUGA